GGCAACAUGGGCACUAUACCAACUGCUGAGUGCGCUUCAGGGGUGAGGAAAGCCUGGCACCAACACGUGACUCAGGAUCUUCGAAAUCACAUUGUCUACAGACUGGUCCAGGCAAUCUUCCGUGCUCUGAUCCAGCUGCCAUGAGAGAUCGACGCAUGGAGAACCUGGUGGCGUAUGCUAAGAGGGUUUUUUUUGAGGGUGACAUGUUUGCGUCUGCCAAUAGCCGGGAUGAGUACUACAUUUGAUUACAGAGAAAACUUACAAAAUGCCAAAAGGAACUAGAGAAAAAGCGAAGGUUACUAAGCCAAGAGAAUGUUAUGAAAGCAAUCAGGACCUUAUAA